CAGUAAAUCAAUAAAUCAGAGAAAAGCAGAAUUAAUCUCUUAGAUUGUUGGUAAAUAAAUUCGUUCAACAAACAUAACAUUUUUGCUGAAAAUAAGGUUUUAAACUAGACCUAAUAAUGAACACCGUACCUAGCCACGAGUUCUUAGAAGUUCACACAGUCCAUCAGCAUCAGCCCCAUUGCAAGCAACAAUGUUUUGUUUUCACCGAAAUAGCUGAUAUUGAGCUCCCACCAGAAAUGAAUAAGUUCACAACAGAAAAGAUACGCAAUGGGAGUAUAUCCUCGUGUAAGAAAGAAGCUAUGGACUAUGAAUCCAAACGAAGUAAGGGUUCGUCAUCGAGAGGACGAAAGGUGGUUAUAGCGCUUGGAGUGAUUUUGUUUUGCAUCGCUAUGGCUGGCGGAAUACCAUUAGCCUUGCAGCUGCGGUCGUCUUCUUUGCUGGAAGCACGUCUUGCUUUUAUUCGUCGAUUGCUAACGGAGUCACCAUUGGUUGAAGGAUAUUGGAGCCCAAAGAAAGACAUGAACUUUAGCAAUAGCAUCGGGGAGGUAAGGAAGAAUUUUAUCGGGGCUGUGCUGUGGCCAAUAGCUGUACCCUGUGGCGCACAAUACCUGGAUGCUGUUCAACUAGCUUUGGAAGGGAUCGAUGAAGCUAGACGAAUAACUUUUAAUUCUGAAUCGAUGCAUAUCGUGGAAUCAGCGGAUGAAAUGGAACAAACUCAUAUUCGAGGGGAAGUAGCCAUACUAAUGGGAUUGGGUGGUGGACAUGCUAUAGGCGCUAGCUUAGCUGUUCUCAGGUCUAUGUAUAUGCUUGGGGCACGGUUUGUGUCAGUUACUAGUUUGGAAUGUCCCACGCCAUGGGCUGCAGCUUCAAUAAGGAGACACGAUUACAUUAUUGAGGAUAAUUCAACGAACACCCUCACUGACUUUGGCAAGACAGUCCUUUACGAAAUGAACCGUUUGGGGAUGUUGGUUGAGGUCUCACAACUAUCCGAAUCAGCAAUGACUACCGCUCUAAGAUCGGCCAAAGCUCCAGUUUUAUUGAUAAAUGCGGCUCCACUUUCGAUUUGCAAUAAUACGAAUCUGGCAUCAAUUCCAGAUCAUGUUUUAAGCCUUCUUCCCGAUAAUGGUGGAGUUAUUAUGUUGAAUAUGGAAAAAUGCGGAGAUCGUCCACUAGGUGUUCGAGAAGCCAUUACUGCUAUUAAUUAUGUGCGGAAAAUUGCAGGAGUAGAUCAUAUCGGACUUAGUGGAGCACCCAAGAGCUAUGCUUUUCUCCUAGCUGAAUUGGCUCGAGACCGUGUUUGGGGAAACGCUGCUAUUAAAAAACUCAUUGGUGGAAACGUUGUUAGAAUUCUUCGUGAAGUAGAAACAUUGAAAAACCGUUUACCUCUCUAUGAAGAUUGGAUACCUCAUGAGCUAAUUGAAAGUUCUUCCUACUGUCGCUACCCAGAGUCGUAAAUUUCGAAAAAGAAAAAUCUCGGAUAAUGAAGAGAAAAUAAAUGAGCAAUACAGUAAAUGAUGCACAAUUUUGUUUAGUAUAAAGUGAAUAAUUCAUGACGGACAUUACACAUAAAUUAUAGUGUAAAUGUCAUUACUAGAAGUUAAAAUAAUGUUUAAUGAAUCCAUUUUUUAUUAGUCUAAGAAUUUCUUUAAUUGUGAUUUAGCAUUGGCAAAAUUAAGUCAAAUUUACUAGUUUUCAAAAAGCAAGUUAGUUGAGCACAAAUGCAGAUUAAUUAAACAAAACGCUAAUAGAAUCAAAUCAAA